AUUAGCCCGUAACCAUAGCCCCGGACCAUAUGGUCACGGUCGCCAAGCCUUUGAUUCUCAGUCUCUUUCGGUUGGUUGUUAGACCGGCCACAGGAUGAACAUCGUUGCGAUGCGUAGGACCGGGUCAACGACGUCCCGCGUUCAACGCCGACAUGAACGAUCGAAUGUCACUUUAGGAGAUCAUGACCAGGUCUGAUCGACCAGGAUGCUGAAAGUUGAGAUCAAUUCAAGAGGGUCAAUCAUAUCCAUGAAACAAAUUCCGCAAACAUGGCUCCGAAUCCCCUCACUUAUCCGUCUUCCUCGAAACCCUUUACCAAGGAUGUCUUCCUCGAUCCACCGAGAGAAUACCGAGGUGCACCUUUUUGGGCAUGGAAUCACAAGCAGGAGGAGAAGGCGACCGUCGCUCAGGUGGAACACUUUGAUGAGAUGGGCAUGGGAGGAUUCCACAUGCACACCCGUGUGGGGCUGGAUAUACCUUAUAUGGGCGACGAGUACAUGAAGAUCGUCAAGUCGUGCGUGAACAAGGCCAAGGAGAAGGGGAUGUAUGCGUUCUUGUAUGACGAGGAUAGGUGGCCGAGUGGCUUCGCGGGAGGAAAGGUUCUGGAAGGUCAUCCCGAACUUCGAGGCUUGCACAUCCUGUUCACACCCUGGCCAUACGGAAGCGAGCUCCCUUAUCCACCAGUGAGGGUUGAGGUUGCAAACGCCUACCCUGUUCGUAGCGAACGGGGCUUCCUCCUAGCCAAAUACGACAUUGAGCUCUCGGACGGUCAGCUCGUCUCCGCCAAACGCCUAAACGACACCGAAGAAGCUAAACAUACCGUUUGGUAUGCGUACUGCGAGCCGAACCCAGACUCGGGGUAUAUGGGCGAUCAGACCCUUCCGGACCUGCUCAGCGUGGACAUGGCGAAACGGUUCAUCGAAACCACUCACGAGGUCUACAAACAACACGUAGGGGAUGAGUUCGGCAAGACCAUCCCCUCAAUGUUUACGGACGAGCCGCAAUAUUGCCCUAUAUUUGGAUUGAACAAGGCGGACGGAAAACAAGAGGUGUUCUUACCCUGGACGCCGAAGAUGGAGGAGGAAUUCAGAGGAGCUUAUGGAAGGAAUAUCACAGACAAGUUGCCGGAGAUUGUAUGGGAUACCAAGGAUCAGGAGGUGAACGUCGUGCGGUACCAGUUCAUCAACCUCUUGAGCGAGAUGUUUUCGAACAAUUAUCUCGGCACGAUCUCCCGUUGGUGCGAGGAGAAUGGCAUCGCCUGCACUGGGCAUCUGAAUGCGGAACCCACACUGGCGUCUCAAACCAUGCAGAUGGGAGAGGCCAUGAGAGCCUACCGAUCCAUGCAAUUCCCAGGAAUCGACAUGUUAUGCGACAGGACCGAGUACAACACGGCGAAACAGGCACAAAGCGUCUCUCGCCAAUAUGGUCGCGGCGGUGUGAUGUGCGAGAUGUACGGAGUCACGGGUUGGGCCUUUACCUUCGAAGGACACAAGGGCCAAGGCGAUUGGCAAGCAGCCCUUGGAGUCACCCUGAGAGUGCAUCAUCUUGCGUGGAGCAGUAUGGAGGGCGAGGCCAAGCGCGAUUAUCCGGCUUGCAUCGGGUGUCAGUCUCCCUGGUACAAGGAGUACAAGGCUAUAGAGACACACUUUGCGCGUGUCAACGCGGCGUUGACAAGAGGUCGUCCGGUGACGAGGAUCGCAGUCAUACACCCCAUCGAGUCGUUCUGGCUAUGUGCAGGACCCAAGGACAAGAACUUUGAAGAGAUGGAAUACCGUGAUCAGGCGUUUGCCAACUUGACCGAAUGGCUUCUCAGAUCCCACAUCGAUUUCGAUUUCAUCUCUGAAUCGCUCUUUCCAGACCAAACUUCGGUUGAGGAUAUAGGAGCGGAGCUGCCCGUAGGUCAGUGUUCGUACGAGGCGGUCGUUGUUCCCAAUAUGCGGACGAUCCGCUCGACAACAUUGGUGCGACUGCAAAAGUUUGCGGCGAAAGGCGGAAAGGUCAUCUUCGCCGGAAGUGUCCCCACGCUUGUCGAUUUGAAGCCUGUCGACCCGCCUCUUUCGGUAUCUGGAUCAGUCACCAUCCCUUGGUCAAAAGCUCAAAUUUUGGCGCAGUUACAACCUCUUCGCGAUAUCGAGAUGGUCAUCCGAGAAUCUACGCUCUACCGGACGCAGGGCUACCGAGCGGAUAGUCUUUUCUAUCAGAUGAGGCGUGAUGGAGCGGAGCAAUUCCUCUUCAUCGCCAACUCUGAUCGCAAGCAAGCUUGUCCGGUAGAUGGUAUCAUCAGAGGAGAAUGGACGAUUGAGGUGCUCGAUACGUUGUCCGGGGAUACCUGGAAGCUCGCUGCACAGCAAGGUGGAGGCGAGACGCGGUUCAGCUAUUACUUUGACGGAUGCGAAAGCGUCCUCUUUCAUCUAACGCCCGGGAAAUCUUCCGAUCAGGCUCGAACUCAGACCGUCUUGCGGAAGGAUUAUAAACAGGUUGCAGAUCUGGUACUGGAGAAUAUUACGUUUUCGGAGCCGAAUGUCCUGCUUUUAGACUACUGUUCACACCGGUGGAAAGACGAGGCUUGGCAACCGAUCGAAGAGGUCUUGCGGAUCGACCAGGCGCUCCGAGCUCGGCUAGGGUUCUUUAUCAAAGGUGCCAAGUUUAGGCAACCUUGGACCAUCCCCCUUGACAAGAGAGCUCCUGCUGGGGUUCUCAUGCUCAAGUUUGCUUUCGAGAGCGACGUCGACGUCUCUAAUAUCAAAUUGGCAAUCGAAAAUCCAAGCGACGUACGGAUUCAGCUGGACGACCGAGCGGUCUCGUCUGAUUCGGACGGAUGGUGGGUGGACGAAGCGAUCCGGACCAUUCCGCUGCCGGACAUUUCUCGCGGGCAGCACAUUAUCACACUGGAAUAUCAGUACGGUGCGCUGACCAACCUCGAGCGGAUCUACCUUUUGGGCGACUUUGGAGUUUCCUUGCAUGGCCGCACGGCUCGCAUCGUGCCCGUUGACAAGCGCCGCAUCGAAUGGGGCGAUCUUUCAAGGCAGGGUCAUCCUUUCUACACGGGGAACGUGCACUAUCACUGCUCCGUGGACAUCGAUGACGAAGAAUCGACCGCCUUAAGAGUAGCCCGUUUUACUGGAACUACCGUUUCCAUCGAUGUGGAUGGCAAGCGUGCCGGUCUUCUGAUCCACGAACCGUUUGCGCUCGAGCUCAACAAGUUGUCGCCAGGAAAGCACAAGGUGGAUGUUACCAUGUAUGGGAAUCGUCACAAUGCCUUUGGGGAACUCCAUCUCGUACCCGGCAAGACGAACUGGAUCGGCGCAGAUAUGUGGCGCACAGAAUUCGACUGGUGGACAGAAGAGUAUGCGCUCGAUUCUUUCGGGAUCCUCAAUGCGCCCCGAAUGUUGAAACCCGGAAAGGAAGUUUCCAGACUGCCUCAGAGACGGGGCUGAAGAUAUGGCGAUGACCCUUGCAUGACCUAUCUGUAAUCGCUGUAACGAAUGUUAGGAAUGCAGUAUGACGAACAAAUGAAACGAAAUGCGACCGAGA